AUUCGAUUGGAUAACGUUCGCGCAGCCCGCGGUAGUAGCUGCUAGUCCUAUCGUUAAAUAACAAUACGUGCGGUGCGAUUUUACCAGUAGAAAAAAAAAUUUGACUUUUUCCCUCGCUAAAAAUGGUCUUAGAACCGUGAUUCGGUUCGCCGGUUUUCACGUUGGUUUUAGUUUUACGAAGUGAAGAGUGCACGGAGUAUUCGUCCGUUUGCGCUAUGACGAGAGCGGAUCGAAGAUCAUCACAGCAACGAGCUCCGCGACGUAACGAGACUCUCGGCGACGACGUCGACAUGGUGGACCGGAGUGCCGUGUGCGUCGGCUGAAAAUCCAAAACUAUAACGAUGAACAGUCUUGCGGCCGUUGCAUUGCCCGUAGCAACACUACGAUAGCAGCGACAACUGCGCCGAGAUUUCGGUGACCUAUUGGUGAGGCGGGUAGUCUGGACGGCGAUCGGUGAUGGGGCAUCAUAACACCAUCACCGUCGAGUCGGCAGCCAGCAGCGCGUACGUACCACUGCCCUCACCGACGACCGCCGCUCUGCGAGACGCGAUCGACAGCACCGCGGGCGCCACGACCGCCGGCUGCAGCAACCGCGUUAGUGCCGGAAAUUGCACAGGCGCAACAACAACUGGUGCGGUGUCGGCGACGGCUGCGAUGCAGAACGGCACGGUCACCACGCCGGACCACCGGCCGACGGCCAACGAUUAUUACUACUAUUACGCGUACGACAACGCCACCGAGACGGCACUGUUCUUCCCGCUCAACGGCACCACCGCCGGUAGGCCGGUAGCGCCGUUCCAGAAGUCCAACUGCCAGUGGAUACCCGCCCAGCACAGCCUGUUCCAGUUGUCCAACAUAUGUUUCCUCACCGCCUUCAUCGUCCCAAGGAGCUACAAGCUCAGCGUGUUGUCCUUGAGGGCUUUACUGUGUCUCGGGUUCCUGCUUUCUGGUCUUUGGGCGUCCACGGACGUUUGCGCGCUAGACGCGCUACUCUGGUACGGGUCACUAGCCCUGAUCAACUGCGUGCACACGAUAAAAUUGUGCAAGAAGUUUUUGCCGCCCGCGCUGUCGGUCGAACUCAUGGAGCUGUACCUGCGGGUGUUUAAGCCACUGAAAGUCAGCCAGAAACAUUUCCGGGAGCUCACCCGGGAAGCGGUUAUCGUGAAGAUGAUGCCCGGCGAGCAUUACGCGAUCGAAGAGGCGACGGCAUGCGACGAACGGCUGUCCAUUCUGCUCAGGGGCAGGUGUAGUGUCACUUGCGAUGGUACACAAUUGCACAAUAUCAAUUCGUAUCAGUUUAUCGAUUCACCUGAAUGGAUGGCUUCAAAUUUAAUACACGGAGAGACCAUGUUUCAAGUGACCAUAACUGCCGCUGAAGAUUGUGUUUAUUUGUGUUGGCAACAAUCAAAACUCAAUCGAAUAUUUAAACACAGAACACAGUUGCAUGCUGUUAUUACCAGUUUAAUUGGGAAAGACAUUACGCACAAAAUGUACUCGUUGAACGAGCAACUAGGCCAAGCGAAAAGUUUCGACGAUCAAACCCGGGCGGCCCGGAAUGACCAUUGGCGGCAAGCAAUCUAUAGAAGCGUGAGCUUCGAUGCCGUCAAUACGGGAACCAAAGGAACGGUCCGGUCGAACGCUUGGAAACGGUACAGAGACCGGAAGGCGUCGUUAUUUGCAGAUCCCGUUGAUAGUCCCGUGCACGGCCCGAGGAAGUGUUGGAUACCGGUGACGACCACGCAAGCGUCCAACAACACGACCGUGUACAACAGCGUGGACGGGCACUCGUCUUCGGCGGACGAGGAACGCGAACCGAUGCUGCAGCCGCGGCGCCGGCCGGACGACAUACCGCUGUACCGGUUGGACGGCCACCGCCACCAGCAGCAGCCGGCGGUCGCGCUGUUGCCGGUCAUCGUGCCGUUGGUGUCCGCGGCCGGCGUGGUCGGGCUGCAGCUGAACGCGGCCGCGGCGCCGCGACAACAGCCGUCCCGGGCACCCGGCUCGUUGCGGCGGCACAACAGCAACGCGAGCAGCCGCGAGGUGAAGUUCGACGAGACGAUACUGUAGACGGCGGACGGGCGGUACACCGGUGCGGACGUGCGAGCGAAACCUAGACGGUCCCGCCGGGCUACGGCGAGCCUCGGUUCCCGAUAUUCGGUCCCCUACGCUUAAAAAUAGUUUUUCGUGUACGUUUACCGCGACGCGUUACAUUAUCGUUAUUAUUUCGUAUAGGUAUCUUAUAACUACGCGUACCUACGAUUCGCGUUCGUAGAGUCGGACGUUUUCAAUUGCGUAAUUCGUGCGCAACAUUGUGGUUGGCGUACACGCUGAUCGUUUUUUAUCCUCGGUUGAACCGCGAUCAAGGAAAACAUUAGUGAUUCGGUUUCUUUUUUCACUCCCGGAACAGUCCCGGUGUACAAUGUACGUAAUACAUUCACGUCGCGAGUCGGACGAGAAAAAACUCACGUCUCACGAACAUUUAUACGCCUCCGACCGUUUCAUCGAAUCACAAAGUAUUACAUUUUUAUAAUACUCGCGGUUCGUCGGCGAACAGAUCCAGCAGCGGAUCUGCGUUUAAAAACGAACAGGACUAGCUAAUAUUUUCUUUGGCGUGGCCUCGUUCGUGUUAAGAAAAAAUCAAACGCGUAGUAUGUUAUAGAAUCACGUGACGGUUUUCACCAAAAUUUACGGGCGCGGUGCACGCACGAUCGCACGAAAUCAAACGCAACAGCGGUGGUGACCGAUUUUCGUGCGUUUACCGAUGACGAUUUCGUCCGGAUAGCGUGUUACACGGAUAUUUUUUGUCGUCGGAAAUUUGAGCGGUUUUUUUUUUUAUAUUUUUCGUUACCGAUGGUACGCAUCAAAACGAUCUACCGGAAUAAAGUAAUAAAGAUCUAAAACAGUAUGCGGUAAGCGAAAAUAAAUUAAAACGACGGAACAGAGGAACUGUGAUUUGCCGCACCGUGCAGUUAUGAUUCAAACGAUAGAGAUGACACGCAAACGAUCGAUAGAUCGACUGCACCAAUUGAACUUUCGUUCAAAUCGAUUUGCUACGGCUUUAUCGGUGGUACACGUGUACCCCAUCCGUGAUCUGUUCACAAUAUCAUUUUACCGUUGUGAAUUUUCGUCGGGUGAUGAUUUUAUCUAGCCAGUGUGGUUUUCGUGUAGCUCGAAACAAUCAAAACAAUAUCGACCAUUUUUUUUCACCGUUCGUUCUCGCACACUCGUUAACCGUUCAAAUCUGUAACGUUACGAUACGCGAUUAUGCCGGUCGGGAGUUUGCAGUUCCGCGUCUUCCGUGCGCACGGGUCGCGACACUUAUUCUCCGUACACGCGUGAUCGACAGUUGCCGUCGCGGACUUUCGUAACGGCUCUACGUGAGCGGUUUAACCGGUGCGAAUAUGUAAAUAGGGUUGUAUUAUAGACAUUUGUAAACCAUACACGCGUGUUUACUUUUAGCAUUCAAUACACUGAAUAUCAAGAACAAAUUGCUUUACCGUCAGCAGCCAUACCGUUUACGCGUAGGUAAAUGUAUAAUACGGGAUUGCAUCGGUGUGCAUUAUUAUUUUGUUACGAUUUUGUUUUUAACGAUUUUUUUUUACUUAACACUUCAAUACGCGUCCCACAAAACGUACCCCGUCCAGAUUUUUUAUAUAUACAUGUAUGUAUAUAUUAUAUCCAUUAAACGCACUUUACUGGUACAUUAGUAAAUUUAAUCAUAAUUGUUUUAGCAAGUUUGUAUCUGUUUUACCCGUCGUUAAGUGUGUAUUUACGUCGAUGUUACAAUAGGUAUAUUACAAUGUAUAGAGACAAUUAAUUUGGUAUUAACUAUGUAACUAUGUAGAUUAAUGAUACCAAAGUAUCGUUUUAAAUCCGCUGAAAAAUUAUUUAUUACAUAUUGUACCCACGUACCCAUUUAUUGUGUUUUGAAAUGUUUGUAAACUCAAAAGUACCUAAGCGCAGCGACGACUUUUCCGCUGAAUUAGUUUUUGAACCUUACUACUAAAUUAAUUUAAUAUGCAGUAGAAGGUAUAGAUCGAAUUUCGAUUAUUUCUGACGUUCAGAAAAAGUUUAUAAUACUAUACAAACCUAUAAAUGUUCCUAAAUAUUAUUAAAUUUGUACGACGAUCAUUUUGUCUGUGGUAGUGCAAUACGAAAAUGAUAACGGUUUAUUUUUUGAAAUUUCGUUGUAUUACAAGUGAAAAAAGCCGCCGGGUAGACCAAGAUCACUUUGGGAAAAUUAUGUAAGAAAAUAUUAUAUAAGUGUCAUAGGAGGAGAUGAUGCAGACCGGAGCUAAAAAGAGGUAGCAAAGAAUAAAGAAGAAUGGAAGAGCAUUUGUUAUAUGGAAAGGUGGUCUAAAGGUUUUUUUAAAAAAAAAGAAUAAAUAUAAAAUUUGAUUAUAGUUUGUUACUUAUUUUUAGAAUUUUAACCUAAUUGGUUACACGACGUUAAUAUUAGUCGGCUUUAAUCUAUUAACGUUGUUUCGAAUAACUAUAGAAAAUCAAUAUAUAUACGGCGCACACUCUGUACAAAUAAAUUGUAUAGCUUUUUAGUAUAUAAGUAUUAAACCAAUUUUUAAUUAUAGGUAUAUUAAGUUUUUUUUAAUUCAAAGUAUAUUUAUUUUUUAACGAUAUUCGUUUAUACAGAGUCAUCUGUUCGAGACACAACAUACUUUUGACAACAUUAAACCGUACACGUUUUUGACGAUUAAAUAUUAUUUUUUAACGUUAAACCGUUUUGUAAUAAUUGAUUUUUAUAAAACUUAAAAACAUUUUUUUUUUUGCGCAUGUUAUACACAAUCUAUGUAUACAUAAAUACACUUGGUGGAUGAUGAAAACGCUUAAAUUAAUAAUUACUUAAUAUCGAGACACUUUGUACAAAAAAAAGUUGAAUCGUGUUCGUACAGCAGACGUAUCAAAAUAAUUGUACCAGAUUUUAAGGAGUUCUGUAUGGGCAAUUCACAAACGAUAAAGUGUCAUUACAAUUUUUUCGAUUAAGAUGUAAUCGCUAGAUUUGUACGAAAACAUGUUUUUGUUUUAUUUCGUUGAUCAAUAUUUUAUUUUAAUUACAUUCGAGACAUAGUAAAAUAACUAUGCUAUAACAAUAUUGUCUAUAAUUUUUGAAUCAAAUACAUAUUGUAUUAUAAAAAAAUACUAAUUAUAAUGUGCAUUUAAACUAAGAAGUUCUAGUCAAUUAAAAAAAAAAAAAAGGAAAAUAUAUAUCUUUUCUUAAGAAUCAACAUUUUUGAUAAA